AGUUGUCAAAAAUGUCAAAUGUCAGUGAGUCAUAUGUCUGAUAUUUUUUUAAAACAAUCUCCUUAUUUAUGUUUAUUAUUAACAUUUUUAUUAAUAAAAAAAGAUUACCUAAUUCAAACCUACUUUCAAACUGAACAAAAAUGUCUUAUCAAGACGAUGAAGAGGGAGUGCCUUUUGAUGGUACGACUGGUUCUUUUCCAAAAGAUUUUGGUUACGGUCUCUUCGACGGUGAACACGACAUGAUAUCUUCGUCCGGAGAUCAAAAGCCAAGAAUUCUUCUUAUGGGUUUACGAAGGUCUGGGAAAUCUUCGAUUCAGAAAGUUGUAUUUCAUAAGAUGUCCCCAAACGAAACCUUAUUCCUCGAAAGCACCAAUAAAAUUGUAAAAAAUGAUAUAAACAAUUCAAGUUUUGUACAAUUUCAAAUAUGGGAUUUCCCCGGACAAAUAGAUUUCUUUGAUUCAAGCUUUGAUUAUGAUAUGAUUUUUGGAGGAUGUGGAGCUCUGAUUUUUGUAAUUGAUGCACAGGAUGAUUAUAUUGAAGCGUUGAAUAAACUCAAUUUAACUGUUACAAAAGCAUAUAAAAUUAAUCCAAAUUUGAGGUUGGAAGUCUUUAUUCAUAAAGUAGAUGGUUUAGGAGAUGAUUUCAAAAUGGAAUCUCAAAGAGACAUUCAUCAAAGGACUACAGAUGAUUUGAAUGAUUCAGGUUUUGACCAAAUACAUCUUAGUUUUCAUCUUACGUCAAUAUACGAUCAUUCGAUUUUCGAAGCAUUUUCCAAAGUUGUACAGAAACUUAUCCCACAAUUACCGGCCCUAGAAAAUUUAUUAAACAUUUUAAAUACUAAUUCCGCAAUAGAGAAGUCGUUUUUAUUUGAUGUAGUUUCUAAAAUAUAUAUAGCAACAGAUUCCACACCUGUGGACAUGCAAAGUUACGAAUUAUGCUGUGACAUGAUCGAUGUUGUUAUAGAUGUCUCCUCGAUAUAUGGGAUUAAAGAAGAACAGUUUCCAGCAGUCUUCGAUGAACAAAGUUCGAGUCUAAUUAAACUCAAUAAUGGAACCGUUCUAUAUUUAAGGGAAGUUAAUAAAUUUUUAGCUCUAGUAUGUAUAUUACGAGAAGAUAAUUUUGAUCAUAAAGGUAUAAUCGAUUACAACUUUUUAUGUUUCCGUAACGCAAUACAACAGGUCUUUGAAUUAAGAAGUAGAAAUUCUCCAACACCCAUGACAAAUUCAGUCGGUACUCCCGUAGUUAAUGGCAAUGCUACAGUCAACGAUGAAAAUUCAACAUGAAUCCUCAUUCAAAUUGAGCAACUAGGAAAAAAUUAUGUACCUGUAAUGUUUUAUUUGUUGUUGUAUUUUUUCUUAAUAUAGUUAUUUUUAGAAAACGUGGGAAAUGAAAACCUACUAACGACGUCGUACUGCAACACUUACUAAAAUAUUACUCUUAGUAUGCAAUAAACUGAUUUUGUGAUAGUAACUAAUCGAUAUGACCAAUAAUGUUUUUAUUGAUAAAUUAUUGAAUCAUUAUCUCUAUGUAACUUUAAUUUUAUAUUUAAGGAUGAAACUUUCAUAGACGAGUCACCAGUCUGAAUUACAUCACGCUAACAUUCAAAAUUGCUAACACUGACUGGUUUUUUGAGCAUUACACGUGCUUAUACCCAUCUCGAAGGACCAGACGGUGUUUAGAGGAAUGUAACAAAAUAUGGGCUGAAAAAUGAAAAAAAAAAUUCAAAUAUUAACCAUUUAUUGAUUUAAAAAUAAUCACAUAUUUUUGAAGUGAAGUAACAGUGUUCUUAAUAUUAUAUUAUUAAACUGAGCAUUAAAUUGCAAAAAGGCGUCAAAUAUGUAUCAGAUACUCAAAUAUGGGACACAUAGAAACUUAUGUUUAUCUUAUAAGAAAUAAAAUUUCUUUGGUAGGUGGAAGAAAUUACUUAAUUUACUUACAAAAAUUACAUGUAUCAAAACUUGGCUCAACACAGUCAUUAUAUACCCAGAAAUUACACAUCCUACUGCGUUCUCGAAAAAAAAAGAAAAAAAAAAAUUAAAAUGUAUAUGCUGCAUCAGCUGAGAGUCAGGAGCUUCUCCUAUGGUGGCACCUGAUUCAUUUUCUUGUUUUAAACUGGAUACCUUCUUCACCUUCACUUUCUUCAGUGACCCUGAUCUUGGUUUUCUAAUUUCUUUUGUACUGAACACACUAUUUACAGUACCACUACACCUAAACUCACUAGUACACUGUCCGACGCGCGUUUCGAUAACAGUCUUCAGAGACUGAAGGUAAACUAAAACCUAUUAGCUUGACUUACUUAUUUUAAUUUAAAAUUUACCACUAAUGAACCCUCUCCCGCGAAAAAUAAUUCAAACGGAAAAACCUCCUUGACGGGAAUCUUCACAUUUAUUCCCUAAUUACUAAACUAUAGUGUGGACUGAAAGGAAUAGUUUAAAUUUGAGCCUACCUCCUUGGACCUCCUUGACAGGAAUCGUUACAUACAUUCCCUAACUACUAAACUAUAGUAUAGAUAAGUCAAAUUAAUCGAAUUUAGUUUAUCUUCAGUUUCUGAAGACGAUAACUUGAUGUAGUGUUGUGUAGUGCAGAAAUUCCAACUUAGUUAUUUUUCUUUUGCUUGGGUUACUUUUUUUUAUUUUUCAAUUUUCUUCUGAUUUAUUCCAAUUUUUAUACGGCGAUGAAGUUAUAACCAAGUCCACGGCAACUUUUGUACCUCUAUUAGAUGCCUUUCUAAUUUAGUUGGGCACGAGACUUAUGUCAUGAACAGAUACUAGACUAGACUGCUGCGAUAAAUUUCGGUAGACGAAGGUUUGUUAUCAUAAGUUGGUGCAAGUUCAAUUCCAGAAGUAGAUUCUUCUAUUUGAGUGUCAGGUCUCAAUGGAGGCGCAUUAUUUGUCUCAGACCUAGCCCAUACUUAGGACCGCAGUCCUAGUCCAUAAUUGAAGAAUAAAUCAUAAAAUUAAACUUAUUUUUUGCAAUAAAAUGGCAUCUAGCGCCCGACCGACAAGACAAAGUGCUAUGCUAAAGCUGAUUGAAUACGAUAGAUGAUCGUCGUUCGUGGCGUCUUUCGAUUGUUUUUUUGGAGAAUUGUUACUUGCCAAAAUUAAAGCUCUAGCCCACAAUUUAUUACUCUCCUCCUUAUGAACAUUACACUGACGCACAAAAAGUAUAUUUUCAUAUAUUUUGACCAACUGAAUACAAAUUUGAAGUCAAAGUAACUUCAUCUAGCUCCGUUUUGUUUUCAAUUAACAGAAAUUGUCCGGGUAAUGCAUAUAAUGAAUUUUUUGUGAUUUUUGUACUUGCCAAGUUUUUUUGUUAGAGAGUCGUAUUUUGAAUAGAUGAUUUCGGUAUCAGAUUUCACCGAAUGGUUAUCAAACUCUGAUUGUUUGUAUUUUUGUGAGUCAGUGGUUUCAACUUGGACUAAAUUUUUUCUGACUCAGUUAAUUUCGACAUAUCAAUGAUCCAUUUCUCCUCUAUAUCUACUAUACAAAACAUUUAAAGUUUUGAUGAGCCAUCUUGUAUAAAUGUAUCAUAAAUUUAUUAUUAUCAGUAAUAAAAGCGAGUAAAUAAUUUUCUAAUAUCGCACACCUAUUUUAAUACUGCCAUAAUUUCAAAGAUGGUAAUUUUACAGGAAAGCCGUAACAAAAUCUAUUAUAAACGAAAUGUUUUCUGGAUCAGUUAAUUCGGUACAUAGGCGUACCAAAUUUGGUGCACAUACAGUUUCGAGAUAUCUUUACUGAUUAGUUAUGUAAAAAGUAAUCUAAAAUCUAUAUACAGUUUUAAAAGUUUUUUUUCGAAUGAUAUGGCAGUACUGUUGAUGUUAAUUUUAUUUAGAAUUGUUGAGUUAAGAAUUAUAGAGAACGAAACAAAAUAUGACUUGAUUUGAAUUUUCGUUAAAUGGAAGAGAAAAAAAAAAUGAAAUUAUCAAUUCCAAAAAUAUUUAAACUAAAACUCGCCCACAAAUGUUGUGUUUAAACUCAAGUAAAUCUGCGUUUAAUGUAAGGAAGAACAACAUCAAAAAAUGGGUAUCACAUUGAAAUAAAGAUAAUAAAUCUUUCUUUUUGUUCGCGAGAUCAGAACCAAAUUCAUCAUUUUUCUUCAUCUCUUUCUUAUAACCACUUCUUUGAAAUCUUCACUCUCAUAGGAGGUUUUCACUCGUAUUUCAUGACUUUUAUAUUUGAAGAUAAAGCUUUUAUUCCAUUUAUGUCAAAGCUGUUGCCGAACUGCGUCUGAAAAUUCUUAUAAAAAUCAGUGUGGCACUAUAGCUUUGUUUUUUGUAACAUCUCUCGAUGAAAUGAGAUAAUAUACUGGCUUGCGGCACUCUUCAUGGUACGUACAGUCACGAGUAACUCAUUAUAAUAGUGACACUUGGCGCCUCACGCGGAAUUUGAAUGUCAAUUUUAUUUUUAUUUUGUAAUAUGGCACUAUUGAAAUAGGAGUGAGACAUCAUGAGAUGUAUCUAUUUAUUACUUGUAAAUAUGAAAUAAAUAUAUAUAAAAAUAAUAUUUGUUAAUACUCAAUCAGUAGUAACUGUAAUGUGCGAUUUAGUGAUCAUGAAAGCGACACCCUGUAGGGGUCUGUCCUGUCUAAUUCUGAAUAUUUAGCCCCCUUCUGAACUUUUCUUGAGAAGCUCUAGCUGUAUUCUCAUCUUUUUGGUAGUCUCCUUGAUGUGGUUUUUCCGUAUGUUCCUUUAACUUUCUUUUAGUCUUCUUCUUCUUCUUUUAAUAAGUCUUUAAUGUUCUAUUGAAUUCUGAAUAUUUAGCCUCCUUGUGAGCUCUUCUUGAGACGUUGUCCUCCUGCUCUCAUAUCAUCUUUUUUUGAUCUCCUUAUGUUUGGUUUCUUUCACCAUCAACGUAAAAUUAUUUAGUUUUAUGUCAUUAUCAUUGACAAAAAUAGACAGAUCCAUCUAGGAAUCUGAAAGUAAAAUAAAGAAAUAACUUCUGAUCUGCGUGAACCGACUAUAAAAUUGUACUAAUUAUACUAGAUUUUUACUUAUGUCAGUCUGAAGUGAAUCAGUUAUUACUUUAUUAAUCAUAUCUUAUGCUAUUAUCGAUUUCUUUUUUAUCACAGUGUGUUUAUAUACAAAUUUCAUGAUCACUAUUUGCAUACUUUCGAAUGAUGAUUUGUAUAAUAUACAUCGCUCCGACGAAUUUAUUUUCGUUAACUUUAUUAUUUAUUUAAAUGGGCUUUACCAUUCCUGUCUGUUGUUAUUUAAUUUUUUUUCCAAAAUUGGAUUGAACAAUCAAUUUAAUAUUUGUGUUCAGCGGAUCUCUUGGAGGUUAUGUGUUAUAAACAAUACCUAUUAGAAUGGAAUAGCUGCUUUAAUAAGAUGUACCUAUGAAUACAUACUUGAACUUCUCCGAUUUUUUAAUGUUUUAACUUUAUUUAUUUAUAUUUUAAUGUAUUAACUUUUCUAUGCUUUUUAAGGUAUUUUAUUGUAUAAGGUUUGUUUAUAGGACAAAAUUUCCUUGUGUUCUAUUAUGUUUGUAGAGUGUUUUUACAAAUAAAAUUGUUGCA